GUGUCUAUAAUGGCAAAUAAAUUGAAAAUGAAUCCAGUAGGAAAUAUCUCUCCACAAAUAUCUCUUCCAGGAAAAUUAGUUUUUCCAAGUAUGCAAGACAGAAGCAGAUUCUCCAUGUUGGGACUUGGAGAUAUAGUUAUGCCAGGCCUUCUCCUGUGUUUUGUAAUGAGAUAUGAUAAAUACAAGAAGCAGGCAGCUGUAGCAGCAGACACAGAACAAGCCAGAGUAACAUAUUUUCAUUGUUCUCUUAUUGGAUAUAUUGUAGGUUUAGUGACGGCUACUGUGGCAUCUGAGGUGUACAAAGCUGCCCAACCUGCGCUUCUUUAUCUUGUUCCGUUUACGCUUCUACCAAUUUUAGUUAUGGCUUAUCUGAAGGGCGAUUUACGGAAAAUGUGGCAAGAACCCUUUGUGGUUGCUGGUGCGAAAUUUAAAUUACUGGAAGUAUAACACAUGUCAAAGCCUAGACAGAACAUUCAAUAUAGCGAAAAGAUAGCGUCAAGAUGAGUCAAGUACUACCAUGUUGCCGAUAGAGCGCUUUCCGAUCGAGUGUCGUAAAAAAAUAAAGACCAAAGUAAUUAGAACAGCCAAGGAAAUCACCUUUCAGAGCUCAAAAGUAAAACCGACCAAACGCGGGAAAACGCAGAUGACCAAGUCGUGAUAUAUUUAGUUUUGCAUCUUAUUGGUCGAGAGAGUUGCGUGAGGACCAAUCAUAAAGCGAAGUAAAGCAAAAACUAAUGAAUCCCAGAUCACUUUCGACACUCAGUCGUAAAUUGCUCUAUUGUAUCAAGAGAACUGUUCUUUAAUUUGCUUUUGAUGCAAUAGUCACUUGAUGUCCCAGUAAAGUUUGGAAGCUUGAGCUGGAAGUUGGCUAAAAGAUGGAAACAGCGAACGAACAAAAAAAAUCUGCGAAGGAAUCUUAAAUAAUAAUUUAGAACAUUCAUAUGGUACUUUCUUGCUUUGCAUAGAAUGGAACUUUCAUUCAAGGAACACCAUUAGGUGUUCAAACUUGUUUACGAAAAACCUUGCAAAAAUGUUUCAAAAUGUACUAUAAGGUGGACAGAACAGAGAAUGGAAUUACGUUCAUUAGCCAUGUCUUUGUUCUCCCAUAGCUCGUUAGGAAAUGACAUUUAGUGGCAGAGCGCGUAGUAUUUAUUUAAUUGUGUUAUUCCCAGAUUUUUAAUAACUAAAUUUGAUUGGCUAAAUGACAAGAAAGGAACGUUGCUUUCGGUUAGGAGAAUAUCAACAAUUUACCUGAAAUGACCAGGGAAGAUUAUCACGAAAGAUUUCUUUUUGGGAGACAAUGAUGUAUGUAAAGAAUUUAUAAAUUGUAUCACAAGAAGGAUUAUCUUGUACGAAAUCACUCUCAAUUAAGAAGAUAAGUAUUGUGUAAAGUGGACAUAAUGUAUGAAUUUCUUACGUUCUUGAUUUAAGCCUCUUGCUGUUUCACGAUGGUGGCGACUGUCGUGUGUUUUGUUACUUCUCUUUCAUAAAUUGCCGUAUGUUUACAGAAAGCGUCUUGCUAGCGCACCUAACUUAAAAACAGUCCAUUGAUAACAAGUUAUGGUAAAUGUUUGGUUAGGUAGGGGUGGGUAUGUAGUUGUUCAGAUACUGACACUGAUUCGCCGUUUCUAAGCCUGUUUGUUCUCAAGUGUUUUUCGUAAUACCACUACGAGUAUCGAGUGAUAAAGAGAUUUAUGUAAGCAUCUCAAACAACGGCUGGAAGAAAUAAAUUUGUAAGUGGCCGGCUUGUAAAUGGUAGGCUUAGCGUAUUUAUUAUGUGAAAAGCUUAAGCAUCAGUGUAGGUUUUUUUUUC